GCGACGCCCCCCCUCCCCCACCGCGGCGGCCCGGCAGCCCGCUCCGCGAUGGGCGCCGCGGCGGUUGCGGCGUCCGGCCCGCGCUCCUCCCUCGCCUCCUCCUCCUCCUCUUUCUCCUCCUCCUCAGGGCUCCAGUCAGGCCGAGCCGCUCCGCUCACGAAGCAGCUUGAAGAGCCAAGAUAACUUUUGGAGCUGUGAAAUCCAAGCUGACGCCUUUGCUGGAUAGUGUGUUUCCCUUCCAGCAAGGCCAACUGAGAUACAUCUUGCUGCUUUUUGUGUCACAUGGUGACAAUUUGUAGAAAGUCAGAUCUGCAACUUGAUGGGUGACAGUUCCUUUCAACCAAAAGAUAAUUUAAAAAUGGCAGAACUCUUUAUGGAAUGUGAAGAAGAAGAGCUAGAACCAUGGCAGAAGAAAGUAAAAGAAGUUGAAGAAGAUGAUGAUGAUGAGCCCAUCUUUGUUGCAGAGAUAGCAAGUUCAAAGCCAGUUAUUUCAACUAUUUUGAACAGAGUUAACUCCAGCACUCAUUCACGAGGAAUAAGGAAUGGUGUACUUAAUCGAGGUUUUAGUACUUCAUUCAAGCCUACAAGCCAGCGCUACCUGAAUUCAACAUCAAAUUCUGCAGCUGCCUUGCCAGUAAAUUUUCAUCCUGAAUCUAGAUCUUCAGAUAGCUCUGUUAUUGUUCAGCCAUUUUCGAAACAAGGUUAUGUAACAAACUCACCACGAGUUCUAUCUAAUAACUCUUCAGAGUUACUGUUUGACCUGACCCAGGAUACAGGAUUAUCACAUUGCCAAGGGGGGCCAACACUUUCGAUUACAGGUCUGAAUGAAAGUUCAUUUUCAUCAAAACGUCCUUCUAGUUCUGACAUAAGCAGUGUUAACCCAAAAAAGCCUAAACCCAGUGAAAACAUUUCUGGAACAGAUGCCUCUUCUGUAGUUUCUUCAGAAAAGUCUCCAAUGAUGUCUCUCCAGGUGGUGCCAUCACAAGGUGCAAAUUGCUCAUCAAAUCAAUCUAAAAAUGGAACAACUUUUCCAAGAGCAUGUCCCAAGUGUAAUAUUCACUUCAAUCUUUUGGAUCCUCUGAAAAAUCACAUGACGUAUUGUUGUCCAGACAUGAUAAGUAAAUUUUUGGGACUGACUAAAACAGAAAUUUCAAAUACAGCAAAUGAAGCUAAAACUCUUGAUUCAGAGAAAGGAAAAUUGAUAAUGUUAGUUAAUGACUUUUAUUAUGGAAAACAUGAAGGAGAUGUCCAGGAAGAACAGAAGACUCACACAACCUUUAAAUGCUUCAGUUGCUUGAAAGUUCUCAAAAAUAAUAUUAGGUUUAUGAACCACAUGAAACAUCAUUUGGAACUUGAGAAGCAGAGCAGUGAGAGCUGGGAAAAGCACACCACUUGCCAGCACUGCUACCGCCAGUUCCCCACUCCCUUCCAGCUGCAGUGCCACAUUGAGAGCACGCACACCCCGCAUGAGUUUUCCACCAUUUGUAAAAUCUGUGAGCUAUCGUUUGAAACUGAGCAGAUUCUUUUACAACAUAUGAAGGAUAAUCAUAAACCUGGUGAAAUGCCAUACAUCUGCCAGGUGUGCAGUUACAGAUCAUCAUUAUUUUCUGAUGUAGAAUCUCAUUUUAGAACAUCGCAUGAAAACACUAAGAAUUUGCUAUGUCCAUUCUGCCUCAAAGUUAUUAAAAUUGCCACACCCUAUAUGCAUCAUUACAUGAAGCAUCAGAAAAAGGGAAUACAUCGUUGCACCAAAUGCAGACUGCAGUUUUUGACAUGUAAGGAGAAAAUGGAUCAUAAGACUCAACAUCACCGAACAUUUGUAAAACCCAAACAGCUAGAAGGACUGCCCCCUGGAACAAAAGUUACUAUUCGCGCUUCAGUUGGACCCGUUCAGUCAGGAUCUGCAGUCACACCUUCCGUCAGUGCCAGCACUUCCACCCUCCAGCUCUCACCUCCACGGACUGAAAAUACGACUGCCAAAAAUCCCGUGAAACUGAAUAUAAGCACACCAAACACAGCUGUAUCCGAUCCCAGUAAACCUAAUGAGAGCAAGCCUAGUGGAAAUAAAUCUAAAAACAGGUCAAAAGUCUCUAAUGUGCAGAAGAAACAAAGCACUUUGUCUAAUGGUAAUAGAAAAAGUAAAGUGAGUACAGCAUUGAGGAACUUAAGGUUACGUCGUGGUAUUCAUGAGUGUAUUGAGUGUUCUUCUGAAGUAAAGGAUUUUGCAAACCAUUUUCCUACGUAUGUCCACUGUAGUUUUUGCAGAUACAACACUAGCUGUAGCAAAGCCUAUGUAAAUCAUAUGAUGAGCUUUCAUAGUAACCGUCCGAGUAAAAGAUAUUGUAUAUUUAAGAAGCAUUCAGAAAAUCUCAGGGGCAUUUCUCUAGUGUGCCUUAAUUGUGAUUUCCUAACUGAUGUUUCUGGCUUAGAUAAUAUGGCUACACACUUAAGUCAACAUGAAACUCAUACUUGCCAAGUUAUAAUAGAGAAAGUUUCUGUAUGUAUCCCAACUUCUGACCGUCUUUCUGAAUUAAAAACUGAAGCUCCCACUAAGGGACAAGAAUCUGUGUCUAAGGAAACAGCAAGACGUAAUACAACUGAAGGAGAACCAGGAGCAUCACAUACUAGAAGUAAGCAGAAUAGAGCUCCUUCGUCAAAAGACGGCAGUGGGCGUGAUGCAGGUGUAUGUGAGGCUGCAGGAACAGCAGCCUGCGACGGAGACGCAAGAGCUGCAGAAUCAGAAAAGGAAAGCGCAGAGAACACCCUGAGUCGGGAGUCAAAUGUUGGAGCAGAGAAUGUGGCGGAGAAAGAACAAACACAGCACAUCUGUCAGGGGAUGGAGCUGCAGGUGGACCGGAGUUCAGAAAGCACAGAUCCAUGUGCUCAGAGUAAAGAGCACAACCCCAGUGAAACUUCAGAGACAUCAGGGGUUAUUGGCAUUGAUCAGUUUCUGAGGCAAAGAGAUGAACCUGAAUCUGUGAGUUCUGAUGCAAGUGAGCAAGGCAGUGUUCGUUUGGAACCUUUGACACCAUCAGAGGUACUAGAGUACGAAGCCACAGAAAUCCUUCAUAAAGCUGAUGAUCCUUCAGCCAACAACAAUGACACAGUGUCCGAUCAAACAUGUGGCAGUCAUGGAGGAAGUAGCCCUAGCAGAGCGGAGGCAGCAGUAGACCUGACAGAUGGAAAGGAAAAAAGCUGAAGUGAUGUAGUCAUUCCAAGUCUAGUUCCCAACAGAGAGCACCUAGAACAGUGCUGCCCGGUGAGCUCAGCAGUGCCGUGGGAGGGGUCAGCAGUGGGAGACUGAGGGAGGUCCUUCAUAUGCUUCGCCUGUAUGUUCAAUCUUAGUAAGCCAGGUUACCAGUAAUAGCAUGGUUAGUAUGACUUUGCAAGUUUUUAAAAACCUGAACAGAACUUUAGCAAAAACUAAGUUUGCCAUCCAAAGGUCUUUUAGCACUUUUUGAUAAAAUCUCAUUCAGUGAUAAGAAAGUAAAUAUUAGCUAUGUUAAUCAGACUUGUCAGACUUUCAUUAGUCCAAAACUGAAAUCCCUUAUCACCUGUAUAUUCCUUUUAGUAAAUUUAAAGGAAAAGAUUUGAAACCAUAUGUUUUUUUUAAAAUGCCUAUAAACUUGGUCUAAUUUAAAUCUUUAAAAAAAAAAAAAAGGCGGGGUCAUUGUCUGCUCUUCCAGAGGUGUUAAGUUCAAUUCCCAGCAACCACAUGGUGGCUCACAACCAUCAAUCCUGGGAUCUGAUACCCUCUUCUGGCGCACAGGUGUACAUGCAGAUAGAGCACUCAUUAAAUAAAGAAAUCUUUUAAAACAGAAUACUUGUAAACUGCCAAUUAAUUGUUAAUAUCAGUGAAGGCUUUAUUUUUAACAUGAUCCUGGUAAUGAAGCAUGCUUAGAGUGCUAAAUUGACCUGUUGAGAAUUUGGAUGAAUAUAAACUUAAGUUUGGAUUUAAUAUAACAUUCCAGUCUGUCAGAAGCAUGCAAACAGAAUUUUAGAAUCUGUGCACCUCCACACAAGUGUUAGCCUGCCAGGCUGUCAGCUUACCUUUAUUAAACUUUCAGUGAAAGUGAGAUUAUGAAAAUAUAAGUUUAUAUUUGUGCUUUUAGUUAGUGUAUAAGCUGUGUAGAACUGCCCCCGCCCCCAUGGACUAGUUGUAUAAAGUAGAAAUCUGUUAUUGAAACUCUUAUAGCUACUAUGCUUUUAAUAUUGUUUCAAUGAUCUUUAGCAGUAGACCCACAAAAAUGGUCUGGAAGCCAAACCAAAGUAUGGUAGAAUGUAGGUGAAAAUCAUUGAACUGAAAACAUGCCUCAGCAUGUAUUCAACCAUGUUUAAGGGACUUUCCUUAAUUGUAAAAGUAGAAACUUCAAAUGGGACCCUAAAAGCAGAGGUUAAAAAAAAAAAAAUGGUUGUGGAAAUUAGGCUAAUUUAUCUCUAAGUCAGCUACUAAAUUGAUUUUUCAGAUAUAGAAAUGAAUAUAACAAACAAUAAUUUGCUUUGAAGUACUAAUAAAAAUUUAUUUUAAAUGCUGUAUUUUUAAUUCUUAAAAUGUGCUUUGAAUUCUUAAACUGUUUCACUGAAUGUUAAAUGUUUUCAACGCCUGUUAAAAUUCUAUUGUAUAUAGUAGUUUUUGAGUAAAUAAAAACCUGUCUUUGAAUAA